GAUGGCUCAGAACCACAUGGACAUACUGAUGCCUAAACUCCAUGAUAUCUGCCUUGCCAUUAUAAAUGAGGUGAAGAACCUGCGCUCUGCAGUGUCCUGUGCUGCCAUGGCCACACUGGGUGACAUGUACGUUCACCUCCAGAGGGCCAUGGACAGUGAGGUGGAGGGGACGGCACGCGUGCUGCUGCACAAAGCCAGCGAGGCCAACACCUUCAUCCGGCAGGGCGCCAACUUUGCCCUGGGUCACAUGGUGCAGAGCUGCACCCCUACCCGUGUCAUGAAUGCCCUGCUGGUCGGUGGGCUGAGCCACCGUAACGCUGCGGUGAGGAGCUGCACUGCUCAGCACCUGGAGAGACUGGCUGAGGUCAUGGGGAUGGCUCGUCUCCUGUCGGGGAAGAAAGACCUUACUGACCGCUUCUUGAUUGCCGUCAGUAAACUGGCUGUGGACCCUGCACAGGAAGCCAGGCAUCAUGGUCGCAAUAUCUUGAGAAACGUGGCCACCAAUGGCGACUUUGCUAAAAUGUGGGACAAAUUCGCUCCGAGGAAAGAGCGAGAAUCCUUGAGGGAGGUCAUCUCAAAGGUUAACCUCAAAGAAAGGAAUAUCUGAAUAAUCCCCAAUUUGACUAUAUAUUUGUAUCUAAAUAUUUGCACAUUUCCCAACCUGACUAUUUUCCCCUCCAGUCCCCAAACUCCAAUAUU